AUGGCGAAUCAGCCGCAGACACGCAGCAGUCAACGGACCGUGCUGGCAUGUACCGAGUGCGUGCGACGAAAGAUCCGCUGCUCCAAGUCAAUCCCAUGUGACGGCUGCGUUCGCCAGAAUAAGGCGAGCCUCUGCCGCCGAGAACCAGUGGCGCUCACGGCGCGGCGCUCGGCGCCACGGUCCACUACGCUGCGCGCAAAAUCAGGUGCGACGGCCAGAGAAAACACAGCGGCCGCGGAGAGCGCGUCGCAGGUUGGUAAUUCGGCGUCGAUUCAUGACGAUGUGCGCUAUGGAGCCAGUCAAAUUGCCGCUGGUAUAUCAAGUCAAGCGUCAGUAGUCGCCAGGGCGUCAACGAACGAUGCUCGAAUUCCCGGAACAGGAGCAUCGCGACGCCCAUCUGAGAGCAGUGACAGGGAAUUUUGUCCGCCAGAACCCACCGCGGAUAUCGCAUCCCAGGUCUCAGGCAAUCGUCGUCUCACAGGCGAUCCUUUAACGGACGAAGCGGCCUCGACGCUCGAGUUCCUUGCUCAUGGUCGCCAAAAUGUUCUUAGAAGAAUUCUAGAAACAGACCACCGCUCCCCAUCUACGACGGAGACACUUGUUCGAGGGGACAUGCCAUUCGACCCAUUUUACCCAGUUGGGUUGUGUCGAGAGAUGCUCCGGGUUCAUCAGACCUAUUUGGCAUGGAUGCAUACAGUUGUCCACCUGCCGACCUUUGGGCAUGAAUUUGAGGCUUGCGUUCUCGCUGGCACUUGCGACAGGUUGUGGGCGGCGUUGUACUACGCUAUUCUGGCACACACACUGUAUCAUGUAGAAGGGAGUUCUCUACUUGCUGAUGAACUGCAGUCCUAUGGUUUGUUUGUACGCUCCAACCCUUUAUCAGCAGGAUGA